UUUUUUUUUUCAUCGUAAUACAUAAAUCGUCACAAAUUGUUGCUCGAGUUAUUGGGGAUUAGCGAGACAUAAAGCACAAAAGGCUCAUUUAAAGAUAAACGUCAUUGGUGGUGUGUUAGCGGACGCCCCUAAUGCGAGCUAUAUAAAAGACCAACAAACUAUAAGGUGGUCAUAUGACUACUGAGUUCAACAUGGCUCGUGUUUUGCUUCUGUUUUUGUUUACGCUGUCCGGUGUUUUUGCCGGACGUUAUUUUAACGAGAAUCAACCUUGUUACAGACCUCUGGCACGAAGAAGUCAAAUGGGAAUCAAGACGGUGCCACGUCCACAUGAAUACCUGAACAUUGCUGAGCUGCCCAAAGCCUGGGACUGGAGAAAUAUCAAUGGCACCAACUUUGUCAGUACCACACGCAACCAACACAUCCCCCAGUACUGUGGGUCCUGUUGGGCUCACGGUAGCACAAGUGCACUUGCAGAUCGGAUUAAUAUCAAGCGGCAGGCAGCUUGGCCGUCUGCAUAUCUCUCAGUCCAGAAUGUUAUUGACUGUGCAAAUGCUGGCUCCUGUCAUGGGGGUGAUCACUCUGGCGUGUGGGAAUAUGCCCACUCCAAUGGCAUCCCUGACGAAACCUGCAACAAUUACCAGGCAAAAGACCAGGAUUGUAAACCCUUUAAUCAAUGUGGUACAUGCACAACCUUUGGUCAGUGUAAUAUUGUGAAGAAUUACACGCUGUGGAAGGUUGGAGACUAUGGCUCUGUGAGUGGCCUAGAGAAGAUGAAAGCUGAAAUUUAUGCUGGGGGUCCCAUCAGCUGUGGGAUCAUGGCUACUGACAAGCUGGAUGCAUACACUGGUGGUCUAUACUAUGAGUAUGUGGAUAAUCCCUACAUUAACCACAUUGUGUCUGUGGCUGGCUGGGGUGUCGAUGAGAAUGGAAUAGAGUAUUGGAUUGUCCGGAACUCCUGGGGAGAGCCGUGGGGUGAAAAGGGAUGGCUCAGGAUCGUGACCAGUGCUUACAAAGGUGGUAGUGGAAGCCAAUAUAACCUAGCCCUUGAGGAGGACUGCAUGUAUGGAGACCCCAUUGUACCAGCAGGCUACAUCUGGAAUGUUUAGCAGAGGGAGACCAACUAAGUUGCACAGUGCCUAAAACAAUUGUAGUUCAGUGUUUUGUGAUUGAUCCCAGAGCUGCAACCACGUGCUACUUUUGGUUUUCUCUGCAGGGAAUAUCUAUGUACUGACUGUUAAAGCUGAAUCCAAAAAUCUAUUUGUUUGUUAUAUAGGAAUCUUUAUACUACAUCUAUUUAAAUCAUGACCUUUUUUUUGUAGUGGAUGCAAAAUGUCUCUUUUUGCACUGAAAAAUAGGCCACUCCACCUGCAGUUUGAUUUAACUAUUCCACUUUGUUCCUUUCAGCUUAAAGUGAAAGCUGAGUUUUUAACCUCUUGCCAACAUGCUGUAGUGGACACCCAUUCAGAUCCCAGCCCUGUUUCACAAAUCUUGUUUUCCCACUGUC